AUGAUUGGGUAUCAGCCGACGAAGGUGAAGAUGACAUUUAAAAAAAAAUUUUUUUGGAUUUUUUUAUAAUUUUGAUGAGUUUCAUGAACUUUCUGUGGUUUCAAAGCAGCUUAAAACUUGAAAAAUCUUGGUCAAUUUCGAAAAAAAGUUGGAUUUUGAAGGAAAAAUGCAAAUUUCUUCCUUUCGGAGCGAAUAUUAGGGUGAAAAAAUCAAUCGAUUUGAAAAAUAAGCCUAAAAAUCAAUAGUUAUAGGGGGUUUUUUUUUUUUGGAGAAAUUAGUAGUUUUUGAAAUUUUUUCUUCAAUUUUAGUACCAGGAACCAAGAAAAAACCGUUUUUAUCAUUUCUUUCUUGAUAUUAAAGUAAAUAUGUUUUUUACAAAAUCUUCCAGACGGACGAUUAUGUAGCCGUUUCCAGAGAAGCUGUUCCCGGUUAUAUUGGUAAUAUUUUUGAACGAAAAAAGAUGGUCCAGCUCCAAUUUUUCAGUCGGAUUCGAACCUGUCGCUCACGCGGACCGUGUCCACCACAUGCUGCUCUACGGUUGUACCGAACCGGCCCGAGAUUCCGGUUUCUGGCGGGGCCAGGACACGUGUUCCUGGACCGGCGGGAGCUAUAUCCUCUACGCCUGGGCUAGGAAUGGUAAGGAAUAACAAAAAAAAAAAUAUCGAUUGAUAGUUUCGAUCGAUAAUGCUGUGUUAAGAUUGGGAAAAACUCCAGAUUUCUCGGUUCACCCUAACCCUUAAGUGACCACUUCAAACUAGAGAGGUUAUUCCAGGCGCUGCCAGUUUUUCGGAAAGCUUAAUUUUAGGCGCUCCCAAAUGCUAAGAACUAGAGAAAAAUCGAUUUUUAACUGCAAAUGGUAAUUUUUUUUUUUGCUUUUUUUCAUAAUAUUAAUUUUUUCAAUAUUAUUUUCUCCCAGGAAAAAGAAGUUUUCAUGUUAAUUUAUUGAAAUAUGUUUUUUGAUUUGAAAUAAGCAAAGAUAAAUAGUUUAAAACACUCAACUGCAUUCAAAAAGAGACGAAAAAAGAUUUUUCGCGCAAAUUUUUCAUUUUUACAAUUUUUCCUCCUUUUUAUUAAUUUUCAUGCGUAUGAAAUUUUGAAAAAGUAAAUUUUACGCGUAAAAUGUUGUUAGAAUUUACAUUUUGAAGCUAUUUUCUUAUUUCGAGACGUUUUUUUUUCAUUUUCUCAAUUUUUUCAACUUCAGCUUUUAAUAUUUUAUUUUCUAUGCGUUCAAAUUUUGUUGAAAAAAAAAAUUGACGCGCAAAAAAUUAUUGGAAUGCGGACCAAUCCCCAUGACAUUUUGCCAAGUUCUUUGAAAGCUUAUGCCGUGUUCAAAGUAAUUUCCGCGAAAUGCGAAAUGGUCUCUGACCCUCCAAAAUUCAGUUAUCUUUCUCUUUCUCUGACGGCUAUUUUGAAUUUCGCGGAAUCACUUUGAACACGGCAUUAUAGUCUGUUCAGAUUUUCAAUGUCAAGUGCAAUGACGUCAUUCAAAAACACUCUGUGGAUGGCUCGCUCUCUCAUUGGUUUAUUGCACCAUUAUGGGCGGAGCUUGAGCGACGACUUGACAUUCAAAAUCUGAACAGACUAUACCUUUAGGCGCUGCCAAAUUCGUUCUCCCAAACUGUGCAGAACCAAAUUUUCGCGAAAUUCAAAAUUUCUUCUGACUCUCCAAAAUUCAGUUAUCUUUCUCUCUCUCUCUCUCUGACGGCUAUUUUGAAUUUCGCGGAAUAAUUUCGAACAUGGCGCAGUUCCAAAUCUUACGUAUUUUUUUCGUUAAAAAAGGAUUAGGCGGAGCAAAACUUCGAAAGUCGCUAAGGAUCCUUAAACGCAACGAAUUCAAAAUUUUGCUUAAAAGUGCCCCAAUAAUUUCAAAAUUUGAAGUUUUGCGCGAAAAACAUCUUGUUGUAGAGAACGCAAUUUUUAUUCCUAAACUCCAAUUUUGCGAAAUAAUUUUGAACUAAUAACGCGAUCGUUUUGAAGUCGCCGAAAUCACUUUGAACACCAUUUCAUUAUUUUUUUUUUCCUUCCAGUUCUCUUUUAAAAAAAUUUUUGUUAUACGAAAAAAAUUGAGGAUAAAGAGACGAUUCUUUAAAAAAAUAUGAAUGAACUAUUUUUUUCAGCCCCAGACCUUGAUCUUCCGCAAGAUGUCGCUUUCAGUAUAGGCCAUGAGAAUGACGGAAUCAAAUAUUUUGUUCUUCAGGUGAAUUUUUUUUCUUUCGGUCCCUUUUUGCGCCUUUCGUUGAUUAGAAUGGAAUAUUUUUUGACACUUUAUUGUGAUAAACUGAGCUUUUCUAUUUGAGGUUCACUACGCGGCGCCUUUCGACGGCGAAAUCCACGAUUUUUCCGGCGUCACUUUGCAUUUGACCCAACAGAAACCGGCAAAUCUCGCCGCCGUUUUACUCUUCGUCGGUGGAACGCCGAUUCCGCCAGCUUUGAAUCAGUUCCAGGUAACUUUUUUAGUGGAAAAAAACUCCGAUUUCAUUAUUUUUUGUGAAAAAUCUACUAAAAAAUCGUUUUCGCGACUGAAACGAUGCAAUUUUUGCGUUUUUUUUAAAUUAGCUUUGUUGUAUAGUGCGAAUAUAUACAACUUUAGUUACUAACUAUUUACUUCAAACAAAAGUAAAAACAAAGACAAAACAAAGUAGGACGCGAUCGCAUAAGCGAUUGCGCAGAAGUGGAACUGUGAAGGUGGCCUGCACAUCUUAAUAAUGCGCGGCAAUUUGAAAUGGUGUAGAUUUACGGGGUGAAAUCUAGACACUACAACAGGCAUCGAUUCCAAUUUUUGAAUUUCUCUCAAUUUUCCUAUCAAGAAAAUCGAUUAUUCAACAUCAAAUACGUUUCAGAAGCUCUUUUUAGAAUUUUUAAUGAAUGAAUAAAAAUAAUUUCCAAAAAAAUAAUGCAAUAUUUUAAAAUUAGCGCCAAAAAUACAAGAUUUAAAUGAAAAUUGUCGCUUCGAGCCGAAAAAUAGGAACUUUGAACUUCUUUUUAGCAAUUUAAAGGGGUUUACCGGCUUUUUAAUGCUUAAAAUGACUUUUUUCUUUUUUACAGUUCCGUUUUUGUUUCGAAACAGCUUUCUGGGAUUUUUGAAACGUUUGAAAAAAAGUUUAGAUUAAAAAUAUCGAAAAAGGAAAUUGUUCAAAAAAAUCUAUUUUUGAAAGACUUUUUUUCAGAUUUUUAAUCUAUAGGUGACGAAACGGUUUCAUUUCAAUUUUGAAAAAAGCACUUUUUUGGGAUGUUGCAAAAUUUUGACAGCUUUUUUUCGGCAUGCUGGAAAGUGCGCGCUGUGCGCACUCUUUUCUCGAUGCGCACGUAAGGAAAAUGCGCACUCUUUUUUUCAAAUUUUUGUACAGGAAAUUGCGCUCUCUUUCUAACAUCAGGAAAAAUGCGCACGGUUAUCAAAUUGCGCUUUUUUUCUAGAUUGAAGUCCACAUAAACCAUCUCACUUUUUCUCUUUGUCAUGAAGAAAUCUUUCAGCUAAAGAUGAAUUGAACAUCUUUUUGAUUAUUUGAUAAUUUAUGGAGAAUAUUUCUUAUCAGGAAUGGUCUGCGGUCACUUCGGAAUGAGACCAGGUGUAGUUAUGCAAAAAAGUGAGAUGCUCUCUUUUGAGACCAAGCUGAUUCCAAGCUUGGUCUCAAAAAGCUACCGCGAAAAAUCUGCUAAAAAAAGUGAGAUGCUCUCAAAAUAUACAGAUCUUUUUCCAUCUGAUAACAUUAAACAAUACAGAGUGGAGGAAUAAUUACUGCGACAAAAGUUUUUUAGCAUUUGCUCUCGCCGACCCGAGCUCAUUUUUGUUCCAGUCAUUAUUCCUACCUUCAUCAAGCCUUCUUCUAUAAUAUGAUGAUGCCACGCUGACUUUCGGAAAAGUCGUUUCUGCCUUUUGGGCGUUUAUGGCAAGGCAGGCAGGCUUGGCUAUGAAGGCCUAAAAGCCCCCUAGGACUUGAUUUUUUUAAUUUCGAAAAAAAGCGCGGGCUCGGGCCAGAGAUUCAAGAAACUUUUUUUAUUUCAUUAAAAAAACAUUUUUCACCGAAAAAAAUAUUUUUUUACAUGUUGAAUCACAUUUUUUUAAUAACUCAAUGAAGAAAAAAAUAAGCAAAAAAACCCCGCUUUUUCUCGUUAAAACAGCUAAAAAAAUUCGAAAUGAAGAAAAAUUUGAGCUUUUUGGGCCGGGCCGAACCACCAAAAAAUUUUUUCAGUGAUUUUUACAGCCAAGUACAACACUGGAAAAAAAAAUCUUGACUCAAAGUUACUUCAUUACGCAUCAAGGCCGUAUGAGAGGGAGUUUAUUGCGACGUUCAGAAAUUAUUCGAUAAGGUCGCCCUGAAGCUCAAUUUGAACGUACUUUUAAGGUUUCGAUUCUCGAAAUUGAUAACGAUUCACGUCUAUGUAAGCAAUUAAAAAGAAGUCGCAAAAAAAAUUGAAGGAAUUGUUUUUCCGAAAAAAAUAGAGAAAAAAAGGGUAUCGCGAGACCCUCUGAGGGCAUAUCGCAGGGUCUGAAGCCUAUCGAUGGUAACCCAAGUAUACCUCUGAGGACUUUGAGCAAAAUGAGAUAGACUUGAGGGAGACUCUAAAGUACCUCCGAGAUAGCUCAGAUAUAGCUAGUCUCUGUAAGAGAUGAGGUCAACUCAGAGAGCAGUAAACAAGAUAAUUUGAAAGGUGUGUACCUUUUUUCUCAGUACCUUAUGGGGUUUAGCAGAUAGUAUUGCCUGUUUUUAAGUACCCUUACUUACUAGGGAACUACUCGGACUCGGGUACGCGGAUCGAGUUCAAACUUUAGUGGUUUAUAGACCUAAGUGAAAACACUUGAAAACAAGUGAGAAUAUCUGCUAAACCCAAUAGAGAACUGAGAAAAAAAAUUAGUAGAAAAAUGUGAAAAAUUAGACCUGAAAAUUUUUCAGAAUACUGCUUUUUUUACCUUAUUUAAUAUUUUAAUAAAAUCGCCUUGAAUGAUCCGGCUAUGAUAAACACUAAAAAAACUUUUUUUCCAGCCAAAAGAAGGAGGAAAGCAAAAAAAUUUGAUAGUUUUUCAAGCCUAAACUGUUCAUUUUUCAAAAAAAUAGUUUUUCUCAGAAGUCUAUAGGAUUUAGCAGAUAAUCUCUCUUGUUUCCAAGUACUUUUACCCGGGUCUAUAAGCCACCAAAGUUUGAACUCGAUCCUUGAAUGCGAGUUCGCGUAGUUCCCUAGUCAGCUCAAAACCAAUUUUCGAGUCCUUAUCGAAAAAGGUCUUAUCCGGUUAGAAGAAUGGAGUUUUGUGCUUUUUCUGUUAUCCCAUUGACUCCAAAAUUUUUGAGAAACUUCAAUGUGCCUCUUGUAACAGUACACACCAGUUUGCCUACUGACUUUUGGCCGUUCUGCUCAAAAACUGUGACAAAACUGAUUUCGACCAUCUGCGUACCGCAGUCAAUUGGGUGCCACUACAUUUUUCGAGCGGCAGUUCAUGUUAAUUUUUUUGAUUAAAUCCCUGUAAAACUUUAUAAAAAAAAUAAUUGUGAGUUUCCGGUCUUUAUUGACUAUUGACAAUUGACAUAUUGACAGCUCCUUCAUUUUGUCGCAGUAAUAAUUCAUCACCCUGUAAAUUUUUCUUCAGAAAUAUUUUUGAACCUCGAAAGGUCCUUUCGAUUUGUAUUUCACAUAUUUCCCUUUUAUAAUAUAGUUUGUCCAUGUUUUUGAGUUUCAAGCAGCAAUCUCUGCCCCAAACAAAGCCUGUGAGUGGCUCGUUCUCUGAUUGGUUUGAUCUACACAUAAGAGGCGGAGUUCGACCGAUGACUUGACAUUCAAAUUCUGAACAAACUAUAAACGCCGACUGUGGCUUUCUUCGGAAAAUAACAUUCCAAAAUUAAAAAAACACAUUAUCACGUGAAAGGUAAAUCAGUCUGACCAGUCUAGUGACCGCCUGGUAUUAUUAUUGAAAAAGAUGAAUUCUGAAAAAUCAGUUAUAUCAACUUCAAAUAAUCCGAAAGAACAGGAUUUGAUAACCGUGCGCAUUUUCCUGUUGUUAGAAAGAGAGCGCAAUUUCCUGUACAAAAUUUGAAAAAAGAGUGCGCAUUUUCCUUACGUGCGCACGAGAAAAGAGUGCGCACAGCGCGCACUUUCCUGCAUGCCGCUUUUUUCAUUUAAUGACGGCGUUUUGCUUUUUUACCCUUUUAUUUUCGCUCCGAAACAGCUUUCUGGUGUUUUCAAAAACGUUGAAGCAAAAACUGAAAAAAAUAAUCCGAGAAAAAUAUAUAGCUGAUUCACGGCUGGCUUGAGCCAUCGAGCAAAUGGUCCUGCCACGAAAAGAGACGAGACAGUGUCCUGGUUGGUGGAGAGUGCAGACAGGCCACGCCUUUUUGCGUCCCAAGCUAGCCGUUAAUCUUCUAUAAUUAUAAUUUGAAAAUUGAGCAUCUUGGUUUUUUUCUGCCUUUAUUUUAUUUUUUCAAGGUCCUCUUUUUCAGAGCAACAUGUCGUGUAACUAUGAAUCCAGAACGGAUAUCCACCCGUUCGCCUUCCGAACCCAUACCCACGCCAUGGGAAGGGCCGUCUCGGCCUUUUUCAAGCACAACGGCGUCUGGACCAAGAUCGGCCAUCGAAACCCCCAAUGGCCUCAGGUUUUUGGACUUUCUAAAGCUUCUGGUCGCAUUUAGAAUGGCUCAAAGAUAACCAGGAAACUUUUUUUAAAAAAAGAAAAGUUCACUAGUAAGAAAUUAGGGUUCCCAUGUGUGUGUGUGGACUAUCCUAACGAGGUUAGUAACUUCCCUUCAAAUUUGGAUUUUUUCAAUUCAAAUAUUGUCUUUGAUAAGCCAGGUCCUGAAAAUCUAGUUUCCAGAAUAAAGUAUGAAAAUGACCUAUUUGACGAGAUUUUGAUGGUUUUCUUGGAUUUGGAACCAUUUUCGCUUUUGAAAUAGCGAAUUUUUGCAAUUUGAGACUUUUUAAUCUUUAUUUAGUAGCAAAUUUCAAGUUGUACCUGAAAGUUGACUGGAUUUUUUUUCCUCAAUUUCGCUCUUAAAAAUUUUUCUUUGAUCUCAAAACUGAGCCAUUCUCGGUGCGGCCAAAAUUUUAAAAAAAAUCAGUUAAAACUCAGUUAUUGAAUGAGAUACAUUUUAGCUCUUCGAAUCGAUUCCCGACAAGCUGACGAUCACCAAAAACGAUUUAAUGGCGGCCUCGUGUCGAUUCGAUUCACAUGACAAAACUGUCACUGUUCGCAUGGGGUGGGACUUUUUUUAUUUAUUUUUCAGAGCAGAUUCUCGAAAAUACGGACACUUGACAUAUAUAUCAAGCUUAUCUAUCAUUUUUGAUACAAAAUAGGGGAUUUUUUUCAGUGUUUUAUUAUAAAUAUGAAACAAAUUUGACAUUUCAAAAAAAGGAAAUUUCAAAAACAGCGAGAAAAAAAUUCAAAGUAAGGAUUUUUUUGGUGAUUUUUUUGACAAAUAACUCAUUUUUUUCCAGUUAUUUAAUGAAUUUUAUUCAAAGUUAUGUGACCUUAGCAAGCGGCGAAUGUGCUAUUUCUAUGAGAAAAAGCUAAUAAUUCUAAAUAAAAUCGAGAAUUUUUCUUUUUUCCGCUGAAUUUGAAGGUUUAAAAAGACUAAAGUUUGACUUUUUAGCCUAAAUCUUUCGAUUUUCCGAAGAUCCGUGUCGGUUUUUUUGAACGGAAAUAUUGAGAAAAAAACUUAUUUUGAAAUUAUUUUUUUCGUGAUUUUUAUCCAUUAAAAAAAUCAUUAUACAAAAAGAAUUUCGCGAAAAAAAGUUCAAAAAAAUUAUCAAAAAAAUCAAUAAAAUGGUCAUUUUUCAAAAUACCUAUAUUGAUUUUUGCGAUUAUUUGCAUGAAGUGUCAAAUUAAAGGCAAUGUUUAGCGUAUUUCGAAAAUCCACGAAUAUAUAUUUUUUUUCAGAGCCAUGGGAAUCGAUGAGAUGUGUAAUUUCUACAUGAUGUACUAUUACGAUUCGAAUCAGGAGAAUCCCUAUCCCCGUGGGGCCGUCUGUGGCGGUCUUGUGGUCAGAAUCCGCUUUUUUUAAAUCUCAAUUCUAUAUGGAAAAACGUCUUGAAAUGUUCAAAAUGGAAAAUCAAGCGUAAAAUUAAGGUUUUGAUAGUUUUUAAGCUUCACGUAGCCUUUAUUUGGGUUUUUAGAAAGUUUUUAGUGUGAUUGGGUUGAUUUCAUAUACUGAGCAAAGUCGGAUUGGUGGGUAAUGGCCGCUAAAAAGGGAGAGGCUCGAAAAUGGCUGCAGAAAAGCUGCAAAAAGGGCAGCAAAAAGGCCCCAAAAAGGCGGCAAAAAGGCAGCAAAAAGUCUGCAAAAAAGGCUGCAAAAAGGCCGCAAAAAGGGCAGCAAAAAGGUCGCAAAAAGGCCCUAAAAGGCCCCAGAAAGGCAGCAAAAAGGCCGCAAAAAGGCUGCAAAAAGGUCGCAAAAAGACCCUAAAAAAGCAGCGAAAAGGCCGCAAAAGGUAGCAAAAAGGGUCCCUCCAUUGAGCCUGCCAUUUUUCUGGGACUUCAAAGGCUCAAGAAAUGGUGGAAAAAUGGAGAGGCAGCAAAAAUGGUGCAUAAGAGCAUAUGAAAUGGCGCAAAAAGGCUGUAAAAAGGAACCUUUGUCAUCCUAAAAGGAACAUUUUUAUAGUGCCUAUUCCAUCCUUUCCGACUUUGCCUAUGUUAUUUUUUUCUCAAGAAGCGCCGAAAAGAAAUUUUUUAGUAGCUCAAAAAUUGAUUUUUCGUAUGAAAUAGCUUUUUUCCAAUCCGAAAGAAAAAAUCAUAACAUUUUUUCCAGGAAAACUCCAUGAAAGAUUACCCGACCCAAGGGUUUUCACUUCUUUCUUCCCAUCCGGAACUCGAGCAUCAUGCUCAUCAGAGCAAGGUAAAUAUUAGAAAAAUUGAGCACAGUAUAUAGGGCUUGUCUAUUUGAAAAAAAGGUUUAGAAAUCGAUAUCGAUGUAUAUUUUAUAGUUAUAUCCGAUUCUAUCAAGAAAAAAACUUCUGAAAAAGUUGAAAAUGAAUUUUUCUGAUUCUGUAUUUUUGCAUCCUAUUUUUCAUGUAAUUUUUGUACUCUUUUUCAUAAAAUUAAUUUUUUUAGGUGAAAAAAAGUCAUGCUACAAGGAAAAAUUGAGGCAUAUCAGAAGAAAAAUUGUAGAAAAAUCGUUUUCCACUAAAUUUUUCCAUUAAGAAGCCCUUUCCUACUAUUUUAAAUUUAUUUCGAGAAAAGCUUCCCAAUUUUGAUGAACUUGAUGUAAAAAGCGGAACAAUUUUUCAAAUUGGCCAUGGAGCGAACUUUCCCAAAAAUAUGAUUAUUGCUUUGUUUCCCGAUAAUGAUACGUGUAUUAAAAAACGUCAAGCAUUCCCAAAAAAUAUUAAGUUUUCAUUUCGCCUUGUUUUUUUCUACAGUAGAAAUCAUACUGUGGGACUUUUCGAGAAAUAUUCCAUUUUAGAAAAAUGAGAAACCAAAACUUCGAGUUGGCUAUAGAGCGAAGUUCCGUCAAAUUUUAGCUAUAAAAUAUUUUCCACAUAGUAGAAAUCGCCCCGAAAAACAUUAACUUUUUGCAUUCGCCUCAUUCCAGACGGCCUUCGGAAUCGUCCAAGUGGCCCGUCACACAAAAAUCGAAGAUGUUCCUCUGGGACAAGUCUCCGGUCUUUCCUUCGACAAUCAGGGGAACCUCAUCGUUUUCCAUCGAGCUCAUCGCGUUUGGGGAGCCGAGUGAGCGAGAAUAUUCGAUUUUUGGAAGAUAUUUUUGCCCUGAUUCUGAAGGAAUAAGAUUGAAGGAUUUUCAAAAAAUGAGAAAAAUUGGAGAAAAAACAAAUUAACGGUUCUGAAACGAUAAUUUUGACGAUAUUAGAUGGAAAAAAGCCGUUUUUUCGUAACCUGUAAGCCAACUUUUGCCUGAAACCUUAGAAUUGGCGGCACUUUCAAGAUUUGAAUUUGCAUUUUGAACCAUUCCAAAUGCGACCAGAUUUUGUCAAAUCGUGUUUCAGUACUUUCGACCAAUACAACGUCCUUUCCGACAAAACUCCAAUAAAAGACGAUGUAAUCCUCGUCGUCUCCUACAGUGGCAACUCGACGAAAAUCGUCAAGAAACUCGGCAAAAAUCAGUAUAAAUCCUUGCAAAUCUCGAAAAAAGAGGAAAUUUUCAAGAUUCUACAUGCCCCAUGGGAUUUACGUCGAUAAGGAAGGACUCUUGUACACUACGGACGUUGGGUCGCACACCGUCGCCAAGUGGAGAAUCGAUGGGAAUGGUUGGUUUGAGGGAAAAUCAUUAGGGGAGAAAAAGAGGGGGGUUUAAAGAAUGUAACGAAACUAUGUGAUAAAAAAACUAAUAAAAAGAACAGCAAAUGACGGUUUUUUCCUAUUUUUUUCCCUCAAUUAUUGAUUUUUUUCCAGGACCUUUCCAUAGCAUUAUGAUUUUUUUGUUUUUAAAUUUUUAUUUUUCCAAGGUUUUUUUGGUUGGAGUUCAUAGAUAUUCUAGAACGUGCCCCCCCCUGUUUUUUUCCGGAUUAUUAGGGUUCAAAAUUGACGAAAAAUCAAUUAGAAGGUGUUUUUCUUGAAAACUCUAGGAAAAAAAUUGCGAGCUUUGCAAGGAGAUCUUACUAGUUAGGAAUUUACCGUACUUAGGAACUCCAGAGGCCACUGAACCUCGAAAAAGUGGUCCCUAUAGGGGUUAUAGUGGCCCCUCUAGGGGACAUUUUAAUGCGGAAAUAAACUUUUUGAACGAAAUGGUAAGACCCCUAUAGGGACCACUUAAGCUUUAGAGGCUAAGGGGUGAGAUCAUAACCCCCCCCCCCUACCUCUAUAGGGUCCACUUUAAAAUUCCUAGGUUUAUUUGAUUGGAAAAUUAAUUUUUCCAGACCUUGUGAAAGUCUGGGAGAACGGCGAGAUUCUGAUGCCGGACUCGGAUGACACGCACUUCUGCAAACCGACCGGCGUCGUCCGUGUCGGAGAUCGAAUUUUCGUCUCUGAUGGAUACUGUAACAGUCGCGUUGUCAUACUGGAUUUGAAUGGAAAACGGAUUGUUCGUUUUUCUCAUGGGCAUUGAAAAUUAGGAAAAAAUGAUUGAAAUGCUCCCUAGAGCGCUCUCAUUUGAUAAGAGAAAAAUAAUUUGGAUUUUUUGAGCCACCGAACUUUAAAAAUGUUAAAAUCCCCGUUUAAAUCGAUCAAUAAGAAAAUGUGCCUUAAUUUUCGCUUUUUCUGAAAUUAGAGUGCGCUAGAGCACAUUUUCAGCAAAUUUUCAUUGAUUUUGAAAAAAAGGCGGUCCUUUAAAUGCCAAUCAAGAAAAAUCAAUCGAAAAAUUGAAUUUUUCAAUAUUUUCUAAAGAGAAAGAGUGCUCUAUUGCACAAAUGAGUUGUUUAAAAAAAUUUCUUUUUUUGGAUUUUUUUCGAAAAUUUAUCAGAGUUUUUUUGUAUGUACUAAGAUUCAGAUAGUUCCAACCUGCAUAUUUUAAUUUUUUUCGAAAAUAAAAGGCUUGAAAAUUAGGUGAUUUUUUUCCAAUGGAGACCUUAUAUCUCGAAAAAUAGAUAGUUUUUGUAGUUUGUAACUUCUAGUAUAAUAGUUGGGCACAUCAAGGAGUUUCUGAGCCUAUUUUCAGAAAAUCUCAAAGUUCAAGGUAAAUUACCUACCUUUUGGAUACUUAAUUUACGUUGUAUUCUGUUAUAAUGUUUUUCUUGUCUCAAGGGAAAAUUCGGCCUCCCCGGAAUUGGUCCAACUCAAUUCGAGCUCCCCCACGACAUUGUCGCCAAUGAUCGCGGAAACCUGCUGAUCGCAGAUCGGGAGAAUGGACGGGUUCAGGAGCUGACCACCGAGGGGAAGUUCGUCGGCGAGUACAGAUCCAGGUUUUUUUUUUCCUUUAUUCUAUGAAAAAUUAUUCCUUUCAGCCUAUUUUCCAAUGUUUACUCGGCUGAUGCGUUUGGUAAUUACGUCUACAUGGUUCCGGGACGAGCGGUGAGUUUUUAGGCGGGAAAGUGCGCUCCAUUGAUAAUUUGAUUGAUAGGAAAAAUUCGAAAAAAAUUAAUCAAAGGCGCUCUAUCGAUAAUUUGAUUAGGAGAAUAAAAGGCCCGAUCUAGAAAAAUUGAUUUAAGUGCGCUCCAUUGAUAAUUUUAUAGGGAAGAAUAAAAGGAGCGAUUUGAAAAAUUGAUUAAAAAUGCGCUUCAUUGAUGAUUUGAUUGAGAAGAAUAAAAUGACCGAUUUGAAAAAUUAAUCAAAGUGCGCUCCAUUGAUAAUUCGAUUGGGAAAAAUAGGACCGAUUUGAAAAAUUAAUCAAAGUGCGCUCCAUUGAUAAUUCGAUUGGGAAAAAUAGGACCGAUUUGAAAAAUUAAUCAAAGUGCGCUCCAUUGAUAAUUCGAUUGAGAAAAAAAUAAAAUAACGGAUUUGGAAAAUUAAUCAAAGUGUGCUCCAUUGAUAAUUUGAUUGGGAAGAAUAAAAGGGCCGAUUUGGAAAAAUUGAAUCAAGUGCGCUCCAUUGAUAAUUUUUAAAGGGAAGAAUUAAAGGGCGGAUUUAAAAAAAAUUGAUCAAAAUGCGCUCUAUUGAUAAUUUUAAAGGGAAGAAUUAAAGGGCGGAUUUAAUAAAAAAAUUGAUCAAAAUGCGCUCUAUUGAUAAUUCGAAUGAACAGAAAAUAAGGUCCGAACAAAUUCACGAAAAGAGCCUUUAAGGGACCACUUGAGGUGACAUUACCAAGUGGUCACUUUAGUAUCCUUCUCAUGGACAAGGUUUUCUUUUCUUUUUUUCAUCUGGAAAAAACCAGAAAUAUCGAUUCGGAAAACAACUCUUAAGAGAUCACUUGAAGGAUUUAGAGUAGAUUCUUAAGCGGUUAUUUACUUUUGAGGAAUAUUUGUAAGUUCCCUUUAGUGGCCACUUGAAACGGGAUCGGAAAAAUUUUAUACUUUUUUCGAGCGACUGGGAUUGAACUUGAAGGUGGACUAAUCGAAAAAAUAAAACACUCUAGGGGCCACUUGAGAUAUACUCAGGAAGUGGUCGGAAUUCAUUGUGUGAAAAUUUUUUUUCGAAGCACUUUUGGAAGAAUAGGUGUAGUCCGUUUAUGGCGACUUGAAACUGCUGUUUUUCUCUGCGCCCUCCUCGUCUCUCGGCGACCCUCUCAUUUUUACGUGCUGUUUCCAUGUUUCUCUGACUUCGCCGGUGAGGGAACAGAGAGACGCAGACAGUGUCAAGUCGCGACGAACGGACUAUACCUCUUAAGAGGAACCUUGAGAAGCGAAAAAGCGGCUAUAGUCUGUUCAAAAUUCAAAUGUCAAGUCCUCGUUCAAGCUCCGCCCCCUAAUGGCGCGAUAAACUAAUCAGAGAGCGUGUUCGAAUGACGUCAUUCUACUUGACAUUCAAAUUCUGAACGGACUAUACUUGCCCCAUUAAGUGACCACUUUUGAUUCCUAUUUACCACAGAGCGAGAACCACGCCUCGGACGGUAUCGCAGUGUUUGCCGGUCGCGCCGGCAAAGGCCUCGUCGAAUUCGCGUUCGGCCCGUCGCAGCGAGGACCCCGCGAGACGGUCGGCGUCCAAUUCGGACAGCCCCACAGCCUGCGACUCUGCCCCGACGGCGAUAACGUCUUCAUCGGCGAUAUCGCGCAGGGCAAAGCCACCCUCUGGCAUUUCAAGGUGACUCGCGAGUGAAAAAAUCCUGCUUUUUUGUCCUUGUGUCUUGUCCAUGGUUGCACUCCCUGCAUGAUUUUUUUUUCCCAACACAGAUUUUUAAUAAGACUAUAAACGGCUUUUGAAGAAAUUCUGUGUUUUUUCAAGGUUACAAGCAUGAUUUUUUGAACUUUAUCGAUUUGGCGGAGCUUAAAUUGUGCAUACACCGAAAGCGGUUUUGCGGACAAUAAUUUGAUCAAAAAUAUUUUUUGUGAAUAACUGCAUGCGCAUUUGAUGGGGAGGUAUGCUGUUCAAGCUUACAAGCACGAUUUUUGAAUUUUCGACUUGGCGAGAGUUGAGAUUGUGCAUACACCGAACCCGAUUUCGCGGAUGAUAUAUUGAUCAAAAAUAUUUUUUUCUGUGUAUAGCUGCAUGUGAACUUGAUGGGAAGGUUUAGCCUGUAGAUUAUAAUGUUAAUCUGCUAACCCAGCCCCCGUGGAUACGGUAUUCUUCGCGUCGAAGUCCUAUCUCACACGUGAUCAUUAACUUUUAAUAGCGCCAUUUAUUUUUCUUGACAGCCUGAAAAGAAAAAUUGAAAAUUGGGGCGCUAUUAAUGCCGUGUUCAAAGUAAUUUCGCGACAUGCAAAAUGAUCUCUGACUCUCCAAAAUUUAGUUAUAUUUUUCUUUCUCUGACGGCUAUUUUGCAUUUCGCGAAAUUACUUUGAACACGGCAUAAAUGAUCAUUGUCAGGUGCGAUGAAACAUCGACGCGAAAGAUACCGUAGCCACGGAUGCGGAGCCACCUGCUUGAUAUUUGAAAUCUGAAGAGAUUCUAAUUUCCCAUCAAAUUCGCAUGCAGUUUCAUAUGGAAAAACUCGUUUUUAUGAAUUUAUCGUCCGCAAAAUUGCGUUUGGUGUAUGCACACUUUUACCUUGAAAUCCCGCCAAAUGGAUAUAAUUCAAAAAAAUUCGCUGAAAAUCGUGUUUAAUUAUAAUAACGGCAAAUGAAGUACUCGUUUUUGUGCCUUCCAUGAUUUUUUUAAAGUUCACGUUAUACUUCUUGUUUUUCUUGUUCAAACUGUUCUCAAAUGCACGCUCUUCUACUUGUUGCUUGCCUUUUUUGUUGUCUGUGUGUGUUUUUCAGAAAAUAAAUAACUUGUGAACGAAUUAAACUCUCUGUUUGUACUAAAAAGGACCCUGCCCCAUUUUCUUAUAUUUUUCGUGAAUUUAUUCAAAAAAUGUUGAGAUCCAACACGACGCCGAAGCCCACGCGCCUCUGGUUUCCCAAAAAUCGGCAAUAGUCGCUCCAAGUCGGGCCUUCUCCAUCACGUUGGUCUUCUUCGCCGCCGCCAUCUGUACGAUCGGCUUUUUCGUCAUUUCGAAACGGUGCAAGAACUUGAAAAAAACGCCGGUGCCGGCUUUGAUAAAAAGGCAAGAUUUUUUUAAUUAUUAUAAAAAAAUUUUUUUGUGAGAAUUUUUUUGACUUAUUCUUAAAUUUCUUCGAAAAUUCUCAUUAUGGUCCGUUCUUCCUCGACUUGAAACAGCUUUUCUCUGUGCCCUCCUCGUCUCUAGGCGACUCUCUCAUGUUGCCGUGCUAUUUUCCGUUUCUCUGACCUCGCAAGGGAACAGAGAGACGCAGACACUCGGAAAUUUUCAAUUCGCGGCGAAAGGACUAAUAGAAGCUUAAAAAUCGGCCGAUUAUUUUCCGAACCAUGAUUUUCCGAACCAAAAUCCGAACCAAUGCUUAGGCGAACCAAUGAUUAGACGAACCACCUCAUGCUUACCAGAACCAAAAGUUUUUAUGAUUCGCCGAACCAAAUGUCGGUAUUUUAUGUAGAUGUUCAUGGUAAUCGGUUUUCGUUUCUCGCAUCCUAAGAGACCGAGAAUAUGAAGUCUAGCGCUCCAUCCUUUUCCGAAUCGUUAUAUAACUUUCCGACCUAACCUUUUUUUAUGCUUUUUCGAGCCGUACUUCGAUUCAUUUUUCAGAAAGCACCUUUCUUUAGAUCUGCUCAUUUUUGAUCGGUUCUAUGUAAUUUUUUUCGCCCAUAACCGGCUUUCAGCUUUACCCUUGACUAUUUAGAUACCUCUGUUCAGAUCAGAUUCUUUCAAAAAUUUGUUUGAUUCCAACCCAAGUUUGAAAUUGGAAGUAUCUGGUCUAUGACUUCUUUUGAAGUCGUCUGACGAAGAGAUGCUAUCAGCUCAUAGUGGGACUUCUGAAUGAGACCAUGUUUUCCAGGUGUAGUUUUUCAUGCUGAUUUCAAAUCCGGUCUCAAAAGCUGCCACCGGAGUCUGUGAAAAAAGUUAUGGACCCUCAAAUGUCGAAAAUUUCAUAGUCUCCGAUCGAGCUCAUUUUUCUGAACGGUAUGUAGAUCCUGUGUGAGCGUAGAAAUGAAGUCGGCACAGAUACUGCCAAGUGUCCUAAUCUUGGGAUGAAUUUUCAGAUUUUCUAAAUUUUUUUGAUUAUUUUUUCUCAGUCAGUCAAUCAUUUUAUAGUUUUAGUCACAGAUAUUAUCGACUGAGCUGUGUGCAAGAGCUUUUGAAGCCCCAUUCAAAAUCGUCUCAGGCGAAUUUGAUGUCCAAAUUUGUAGUCCAAAGAGUUGAAAGCAUUGUCUGACGGUCCUCCUUCUGAUCAUAGUUAAUCCUGUUGCGCUAUGACGAGCUCACUUUUUGAAAAGCAUGGAGAUCGUGUUCUAGGUCAAAUCCCAAACUUAUAGUUUGUAGAUUAAUCUCAGGUUUUUUCCUGGCUGGAAAUUUAUGAAAUAAUUGCUAAGUUUUUUUUCUGUAUAUUGUCAGAUAUUUUUCUACUGUCAAUUUCUGAACAGGUUUCGCAUUAGCGCGGGCGAUAGUCAUUUAAAAAUAGCUCCGCGAGAUUUAUGCCGUGUUCAAAGUAAUUUCCGCGAAAUGCGAAAUUGUCUCUGACCCUCCAAAAUUUAGUUAUCUUUCUCUUUCUCUGACGGCAUUACCUAAUAAAUGAGCUUGACUAAAACUAGUUCUCAGUCGUUGCAUACAUAGAACUAUUCAGAAAAUCAGCUAACGGCUUUAUUAGUAGAAAAAUUCAUUUAUUUUUUUCAAUUUUUAAAUUUUUCCAAUAAUUCAAAACGCGUCUCCAGAAGAAAUCUUAUCUUUUUCAGAUGGUUACACAGUCUAAGAACCACUUCGAAAUACAUUCAGAGUUCAGAGUGUGUUGCGAAACAGUAUUUGCAAACGGUCACGCGGAAGAGGACACUCAAGCAGAAUUCACCCAUCCGAGAACCCAUCAAGCUGUUUUCUUUCGAACUUCAGUAGUUUCAUCCGAAACAUGCGAAACGAAAAAAAAAAAUCAAAGCCCAAGCUCAUUGACUUUAUCAAUUGAGAACUUCCGAUUAACAUUGAAAAACUGGAGCACUAAGAGAUCGAAGUUUUUAAAAAACGAAAAAGGAAAAAAAAAGACUGUAUUAAAGGGUCUGAGGAGGUCCCAAAGACUCUGAAAGCUUUCUCGAAAACCAUUGAUAUAAUUUUCUUCAGUCUUGAGAACGAGUGACAAGAAGUGCGAUAAAAAUCCUCCGAAUAAAAAAACAUUUCAAAAAGAUCUCUGGCUCUCCAAAACCUUCGUCUUUUUGACGGUCUUUUCGCUGGAAUCACUUCGAAAGCGGUAUAAAGACACGACACUCCUUUUCCCGAUAUGAUUAUUCAAACUUUGAAAAGCUUGAUUGACAUGAAAAAUUGAUGCGAAAAAUUUAACUUUUGGGCCUAAAAAAUUUUUUUUGGGAACAAGUGAAAAACUUUGAUAAAAAUUUUAAAACAUCAAUUUUUCUCAUUGUAGAACAUCAGUGGUUAGAAUAUCUGAAUAAAAAAAAUAUAUAAAAUACAAAGCUAAAUCAUCCAAAUUUUAGGCCAGAUUUUUUAAUGGAGAUUCAGCGUCGAUAAUUUUAAGUAAUUUCAUUGUAGAAAGAAAAAACCCAUAAUGUAAAAAGUCAAAAUGAUAAAAGCAAAGAAGAGCAGAAAAAAACACGCCAAAAAGCUUAUUUCUGGCGACGGAAAGACAAAAAUUUUUCGAAAACUGGCAAUUAUCCAAGUGUACGGGAACAUAGGGUCCCAAAGCGAUGAGACAGCGCGCCAAAAACUCUUGGCGCCUGCUUAAAUUACGUUUUUUUAGUUGUGUUUUUUUCUUCAAUGUUUCUUUUUUUCAAUUCUUGUGUUUUUUCUUUUAUAGUUUCAUCAAUUAUUUCUUGAUAUUAGUAUUUUGUUAUGCUCAUUGUUUUUUUUAUCACAUUUAUACGCAGGUUUCACAUCGUUUCAAGAAACAUUUUAGGCCCAAAAAUUUAAUAUCGAUUUUUCGUCAAUUAAAUGUUUUUAUUUGAUUUCUCUAUCAAGAUUCAUGAAUAUUGCAUAUUAUUUUUGGCAAAAAAAUAUUACCGUGUCAUAACGACUGUAAAUUUAAAUUUUUUUAAUUUGAAAACUUUCUUUCUUUUUAUCCUCAUGAUUUCAAAAAAAGGCUAUCAAGGGAUUUUUCAGAGAGCUUCCAGAGUUUCUGAGACCUUUCGAGACCCCUUAAUACAGCCUUUUUUUCGGAGAAUCUCAAUUGAUAAAGUCAAUGAAAUUGGGCUUUAAUUUUUUCGCCUGCUUCGGAAGAAACCAGUGAAGUUCGGUAGAACAGCUUGAUGGGUGCUCAAAUGCCUGAAUUCUGCUUUGAGACUCUUCUUCCGCGUGACCGUCUGCAAAAUCUUGUUUCGCGAAACACUCUGA